AUGAAAGAGCCUACCCAAGACAGUAUUGGUUUUGAAAACCGCCACACAGAAGCAAACGAAGAUAUAAAAGAAGAACAACACGAAGAACUGGUUGAUUCGUUGCUCUCUGGUAACUUAUUUUUAGCUCAUUUAUUUCCACAUGAUGCUCCUGAUAUUGCAAAGAUCACAUGCUUGCAGGCUAACAGCCUCAACUACAGCCAAGGGUUAGCAUGUAACAUUAGCGAAACUUUGUUUAGCGUGGAGAAUAUAACUGGGAGUUAUGAAGAUGGCUUCAAUGAAGACUACAACUAUGACUACGACAGUGAUGAGACUGCACUGCCUCUUGGCGAAGUCGUGGCUGUCUCAUUGUUCUAUAGCUUCACCUUGACUAUUGGCGUGGUUGGUAACUUGUUGGUGAUCGCUGCUGUGGCUAGGGACAGGCGCCUGAGGUCGAUUACAAAUUUGUUUUUGACUAGCCUCGCGUCAGCCGACCUGGCCUUGUUGUGUUUCUGCGUUCCUGUGAAGUGUGUUGCCUUCUUCACAUUCUCCUGGACGUUUGGCUUGCUGCUGUGUAAGUCGGUGCACUACUUCCAGAACGUGGCCAUGGUGUGCUCAAUUAUGACCCUGACUUUAAUGAGCAUAGAAAGAAACAUCGCAAUCCUGUUUCCUUUGAGGUCGAAGAUGAUCUGCACUCGGAGAAGGGCUAGAAUCCUGGUGGUGGUAAUAUGGGCUGGAUCUAGCGUGCUGGCACUGCCGAUACUUGCAGGGCAGAAACACAAGAUGGUGGGGGUCAAGUACAAAGGUUACUGGUGUCUCAAGGACUGGGACAAUCCUGUCCAGGGUGUCCUCUUUGAGUCCUACAUGCUGGUGCUCCUAUUCCUGGUGCCAGUAGGCGUCAUGGUGGUGUCCUACACAACCAUCUGCAUGGAACUGUCCAGAGGAAGCAAGUUUCGCCGUCAAGCAACCAGUAUAUC